AUGGCAAGAUCAGCAGUAGCACUUGACGGUUUCAGUAUUCCAAGUAUUCUUUGGAAUGCCACUGCCGCUGAAGCUGCGCAGGACUAUGUUAAUCAACACAAAGACUGUAAGGUGAACGUCUCCGUUGGUCAGGGUGAUAUAUUCCCUUUCGGAAAGAAUAUCGCAGUGAGCACGAAGGAUAUAAGUGGUGUGGAAGUAGUGAAAUUGUGGGUGGAUGAAAAACCAAAUUAUAAUCACUUUGCAAACACUUGUCGCGGUGGAGAAUGUCGUCAUUAUAUCCAGGUGGUUUGGUCUAAAUCACUAGAACUUGGAUGUGCUAAAGUGACAUGUGAUAAUGGAGGCACACUCGUUGCUUGCAUUUAUCAACCUCCUGCCAUCGGUGGUAGUGAAUCUCCAUACUAA